CUCCCCAGGAUCAGGGCUAAAGGACGCGGGUGUGCGACGGGCCCCGCCCCGCUCUGCCCAGAAAGGAGUUGAGGGCGGAGAGACAGUUCUCUCAGUACCCGCCCAGGCUGGGGAGCCGGUAGCCCCGGGGAAAGUGGGGACGCAGGUUAAUGAGGCCAAGCGAGCGAGGCGGGACUCCGUCGGCAGUCGGGAGGCGCCAGCGAGGGGUGCCGCCGCGUCGGCGCCCCCCAGGAGAGCCCCCUUUCGCCCGAAAUCCGCGGAAGCCAGGCGGGGCCCGGAGGCCCCCGGGAAAUGGGGCUCUGGCCCUCUGUGCCGCCGAGGCGCCGGAGGGGCUGGGGCAGGCGGCAGGGGCGGGGCGGGGCGGGAGUGGCUGGGGGCGGGGGCAGAGGCCCGCGGGGAGGAGCCGGGAGGAGUACAGGGGCCUAGAGGGCAACGCGAAAACUGUGUGAGGCUGGCGGCCGGCGGGGAGUCGGCGGGUGUGGACUGGCCGGAGAGGAGCCCCGCUCCCGAAGCAGUCCGACGAGGUGGCUUAGGGGGCAGACAGACAGACUGCGGGGAGGGCCAGCAUGCCCCCACUGCUGCACCCCGCCCUGCCGCUGCUCCUGGGCGCCACGCUGACCUUCCGGGCGCUCCGGCGCGCGCUCAGCCGCCUGCCCCUGCCCGCACACGUGCGCGCCGACCCCCUGCGCACCUGGCGCUGGCACAACCUGCUCGUCUCCUUCGCGCACUCCAUUGUGUCCGGGGUCUGGGCGCUUCUGUGUCUAUGGCAGACCCCCGAGAUGCUGGUGGAGAUUGAGACGGCAUGGUCGCUUUCUGGCUAUCUGCUUGCAUGCUUCUCUGCAGGGUAUUUCAUCCACGACACGGUGGACAUCGUGGUUAGUCGUCAGACACGAGCUUCUUGGGAAUACCUCGUUCAUCACCUCAUGGCCCUGGGUGCCUUCUUUUCAGGCAUCUUUUUGAACAGUUUUGUCGGCGGGGGAGUCCUAACAUUGCUGGUAGAGGUCAGCAACAUCUUCCUCACCAUCCGCAUGAUGAUGAAGAUAAACAAUGCCCAGCACCUCCUCUUGUACCGGGUCAACAAGUAUGUCAACUUGGUCAUGUACUUUGUCUUCCGGCUGGCCCCUCAGGCCUACCUCACCCACUUCUUCCUGCGUUAUUUGGGCCAGAGGACCCUGGGCACCUUUCUGCUGGGUAAUCUGCUCAUGCUGGACAUCAUGAUCCUCAUCUACUUUUCUCGCCUUCUCCGCUCAGACUUCUGCCCUGAGCGUGUCCCCAGCCAGCAACACAAAGACAAGUUUUUGACAGAGUGAGAGGCGCAGAGCCUGCAACUUGUGGCAAGAGCAAACACAGCCAAGAACAGCCUCACACAUAUGAGAAUUAGCCCCAGGCCUGGGGCAUCCUCUGCACCUACUAUUGAAAAUGCUAAUGAAAGCA